CUGAGAGCAGCCCCGAGCUCAGUUCUUUCUCUGAGGUUGAGAAAUCCUUCCUUCCUACGUGCUCUCUCAUUUUGUGCGUUACAUUUCCCCCUUUUCUUUUUCUUUUUCCCUCUCUCUCUCUCUCUCUCUCUCUUUCUUUUUCUGUGGUCUCUGAAGCGACGGGGCCACCGGGGACGGGAAAUCUGUGGUUUCUGUUACAGAGAAGAAUCGAGUGCCAUUUGUUGCGGCUCCGACGAUAUCGUGGAUAGAGCAAAACUGAUUUGUUUACUUUGCUCUCUUGUUUCUUACUUCCUUUCUCUCUUGUUUUCUGUAGCGGCAGUGAAUUCUUUACUUUGCUUGUAAGCUGCAAUUUGCUGCAAAACGGACUUGCAUUCCUCUCCUGUACGCUGCCGGAUCUUCAUCGGGAUCCGCUCUCUUCCUUCCCCCCGAAUCAAAGCGACCUUCCAUUACGUGAGCCACCGCCUUCUCAUUCUCCACGGUUUCCCGUCGGGAAGAUAUGGCUUUUUUGUGCGAAAGGAGAUGGUCGGCUUGUAUACGAGAAGCCUAUGGAGCUACGGACUCUCGUUUCCUUUUUGCCCGUUGAUUGAAUGAUUAGCAAUCUGUAUUCUAGUACAAGCUGAAUUCGAUGGAGGGCGUCAUUGGUUAAACUUUUUUUUGCUGGUUUACACUUCAUUAGGUGACUCAGCUGCUUUGUGUACUUCGAAAUUUGAGUUGCGGAGCUGCUUCCGAUGCCUUCAACUUUCCCUUGUUCAUACUGUUGUAGGUACCAUGUUACAUUAAAGUAUGGAGAAAGCUAACACACGACCUGCUUUUCGGCCCAGUAGUUAUCCCUCAAAACCUUCCAGGGAGGUGCAGUUGAGUCUGGAUGUGAACAAAAUCCCAAGAGGACGGCGAAAUCCCAAGAUUGACCAAGAAAGCGACCACCAAGUUCAAGCUAACCAGACUGUGAAGUAUCAUGAUGAGAAGCUAAAGGGGAAAAAUUCUGUUUUUCAGCCUUCCGGUGAUGUCCGGAAUGAACUCCCUCAAUCUGCAAAUAAUGGGAGAUCAAUCUAUUCAAAAACCUUGGGGAAGAGCCAACAGAGGCCCGUCAGGACGACAGCCAGGUCACAAAGUGAGGAGCUUGUGAGGUACAUGUCGAAUGUGCCUGGUUUUCUCCAGCGCAUGGAUAAAGGGGAGAACAUACAGGAUAAGGCUUUGAAUGUAGGAGUCCUUGACUGGGGUCGUUUGGAAAAGUAUAAGGGGAAUCAAAAGCUUGUCGCUCAUGGUGGAGGCAAUAGUCGAUUGUCAGCUAGUGGUAUGUCAAAUGUGCGGGCGCCUUCUUUUCUCAGUGUGGAUGCCGGUGGAAGUUCUUCGCAUUACUCCAGUCAUAAAAUGCAUCAGGCUGAUGGGAGUUCCAAAACUCUCAAACCAUCUUUGCAUAAGUUCAGUCGAUCUCAGGAUUUCGAAUCAACUUCCAAGAGCUGUUUGAUCGGGCAGAAAGUAAACGGCAUGAACUACAGUUCAUUUGGGAGGAAUAGCAUGAAUCCAGCAGUUACAGAGAAGGUAAAGAGAAGCGACUUGGAUCAGAAAGGCCCUCCGAAAGUGUUGGUUAGCUCACUUGAUUCUGCAUAUGGUGAAGAAAGGAGAUAUCAAACAAUGCUAACUUCAGACAAAAAAGUGGAAAGAGAUCGGGUCAUCUCAUCCAGCAGCUUUGGAGCUCCAUCAUUGAAAUCCAUAAAUUGUGAUGUUUCACUCUUAUCAAAGGACAAGAAGUCGGGUAACAGGGAAGUGAGAAACAAAGCAGGGGAAAGAGCAUCACGAGAAUCAUCUCUGGCUUCCGCAUCUGAAAAUGGAGAGAAAGUUGUUCUUCUUAUACCAAGAAAAUGUGCAGGAAGUAGCUUUUCUGAGGAGCAAAGAGCACCCUUGCCUCCUGGAGUCGACCCUAGCAGUGGCACCAACCCCUGCAAGGUUGGAGAACAGUCAUGUAAUGUGCAUUGCGCAGGAUCAUCUUCUGCAAAACCCAUUACGAAGCCGCCAUCUCUGGAAAACUUAAAGGUCACAAACGGGUAUGAUUUGGAAAGUCAAAAUGCUAUAAACGAAGAAGCAGCCGAUGGAGUCGCUAGAAAAGACAGGGAUCCCUCUCCGAACAGGCGGUUCACCUUCAACUUAGGUCGGUUGACCAGAAGUUUCAGCUUAAAGGAAAGUUCUACACCACUACAGUUUAGCUCCGGCUAUGAGUCUGUAAAAUCUGGCCCCGUGACAUCGCAAAGUUCAGUUGGCUUGGAUAUCCCUAAAGCAGAGAAGGAUGGUGGUCCUAGCAGAGCAAGAUCAAGCCCCUUACGAAGAAUAUUGGACCCACUCUUUAAGUCCAAGGCUUCGAGUUCAUCCCGUUUAUCCGAACGGGAGAAGUCGAAAGAGAUUCCCCCCAAUCCCUUGGAGUGGAGGCAGCUAGAAUCUGUACAGAGCGAAGUGCAUGAGGCGUCAUACACCCAGGCUAUUCUGCAGGUAUCAGUUAAAAAUGGGCUUCCUCUGUUCAAGUUGCUGGUUGACAAUGCCGAUGGCAAAGCCAACAUUCUGGCAGCCACCAAGAAUGUCCCGUCACCAAGCAAGAGCAGAUCAGGAUGCAGCAGCUACACAUUCUAUGCGAUUGAGGAAAUCAAGAAAAGGAGUGGUGGCUGGAUGUUAAACCCAGGUAGUAACAAACGAGGAUGUGACUACACGUACAAUGUGAUUGGCCAAAUGAAUAUCAACUCUUCUCCCCUGCUGGGCUUAACUGGAGAGAAUCUCACCGGCCACGAGUUUGUUAGUGAGCAUGUUCUGUUUGGCUUGGAGAAAGGGGAGGCAUCAACCAAGUCGAGGUCAGGUCGAGAGCUUGGAGCUGUCGUGGUGAGAACACAUAGUGGAAACAUUGCCCUAAAGCAGAAGCAGCAGAGGGAUGAAGAUGAACAAUGCAGUAGUAGCAUGACAGUGAUACUUCCAGCUGCUGUACAUGGCUUGCCAGCCAAGGGAGCUCCUUGGCCGUUGAUCCAAAGAUGGAGAUCCGGCGGAUCAUGUGAUUGUGGAGGGUGGGACGUCGGCUGUGGACUAUGCGUCCUAUCGGCGACAGCCCCAGUGGCAUCUAAUGGUUUUCAACUUUUUGCAGAGGGAGGAGGUAAAGAGGAGAAGAAGCCAGUCUUCGUCCUGGGACAAGUGGAGAAGGGGAUGUACUCUGUUGAAUUCAAUCGGCGAAUAUCUUUGCUUCAAGCCUUCUUCAUUUCCGUGAGCGUCGUGCGCUCCCAGAAAGCGUCUGAUCUCGUGGAACAAGCAAGCUUCGCAAAUGAACCAGCAACUGCAAAAUUUGCCCCGUGCCCGCCCCUUUCUCCUGUGGGGAGAGUCUAGAUCACAUCACUACCAUUUUGUGUCUGGCCAAACUCAUUGUCCUUUGUACAAACCAUGGAAUGAAUAAACAUUACCAAAAGAAUAGACACUAGAAUUCAAGAAGCA